AUGGCCGCCGCAGAGGAACAAGCUUAUUCAAGACUCUUAUUCCAGCCUUCGGCCCCCGAAGCUUCUUCGACUUUCCGCUUUCGCAACUCGGUAAACACUAUCUUUGGCAUUUCCCCACCUCUGACAUCGUACCAUGACUUAUACUCUUGGUCCACUACUCACAUUGACAAUUUUUGGAGUUUGGUGUGGGACGAGGUCCACGUCGUUGGUCAGAAGGGCACCCACGUAGUAGACAACUCUGCUCCCCCUACUGCAAACCCGCCAUGGUUUUCCCAGGCCGCACUAAACUGGGCGGAAAAUAUGCUCACUUGUCGUUCCACUCACAAGCUUGCUCUCGUGCAACCCACCGAACCCACUCCAGAAGAACCCAGCCCACCACUACGCUCUAUAUCUUAUGCGGACCUCUAUGCACUUGUCGCAGAUCUCGUAUCAGCUCUCCUUCACCAUAACUUGAAACCCGGUGACCGUAUAGCAUCGUAUUCCUCUAAUUGCAUAGAAAAUGUUGCUGCGAGUCUUGCUGCCACUGCCAUCGGAUGUAUAUGGGUCAGUGCCGCUGCGGACUUUGGCCCUGAUGGGGUUCUAGAGCGAUUUGAGCAAGUUCAACCCCGCAUAAUUUUCGCCGUGGACGCAGUAGUUUACAACGCCAAAGUUCACCCGCACUUGCCAAAGCUAUCAUCCCUCCUUUCUGGGCUGUCUCAAGCUGGCCAGUCACCUCAGGUUGUGGUUAUUCAUGCUACAUGCAGUCCUAAUGUUCGUACGCAGUGGAGCGCUGGCUGGAUUGGAUGGGAGGACUUUAUUGAAGAAGGCAAAUCGAGUCAAUGCGGCCGCACUGUUGAUGGGGAGAUAGAGUGGUGUCGUCAGGGAUUCGACUGGCCGUUAUGGAUACUCUUUAGUUCGGGGACCACAGGGCGUCCAAAACCAAUCGUCCAUCGGGCCGGUGGGAUGCUUUUACAAGCGAAGAAGGAGUUCAUGAUAUGCGCCGAGCUCAGUCCUCAGGACGUAUUCUUCUAUUACACCACAACGGGAUGGAUGAUGUGGAACUUUCUCGUGAAUGGAUUGAGCGUAGGAUGUACACUCGUCCUAUAUGACGGAAGCCCUCUAAAAGAUCCUGCAUAUUUAUGGCGUCUUGUUGAUGAUCUAGGCAUAACCGUGUUUGGCACGAGUGCGAAGUAUCUUGACCAAUUAUCUAAAGUCUACAAACCUCGUCAACACCACAAGUUGUCUACCCUUCAUCACAUCUACUCCACUGGGUCUCCCCUAUCUCAUGCGCUCUUCGAUUACGUCUACGAGGACAUACACCCUCAAGUCUUACUUGCGUCGAUAACAGGAGGUACAGAUAUAUGCUCUCUGUUUGCUGGGAUGUCUACUGCCCUGCCAGUUUUUCGUGGGGAGAUCCAAUGUCGUAUGCUUGGUAUGGCCAUCGAGACAUUCACCCCUGAGGGUGUACCAUGUGCCCCCGGUAAAUCUGGGGAACUCGUAUGUAUACGGCCCUUCCCUUGCAUGCCCGUUGGAUUCUGGCCCUUGCCCGGAUUUGGAAGUGAAGAAGCGGUCAGUGCUGCACGAGUGAGGUAUCAGCAGGCAUACUUCUCGGAAUUCAAAGACGUCUGGUAUCACGGUGACCACGUGUUGAUAACACCUUCACGUGCUGGAAAUGGGGGAGGGUUGAUCAUGUUAGGAAGAAGCGACGGGGUUCUAAAUCCAGGCGGAAUCCGAUUCGGAUCAUCUGAGCUGUACGAAGUCCUGGACACGUGUUUCUCGGCUUCUUCUUCUGAAGGCGAAUCGGCCGAUAUCAUUGAGGACUUUCUGGCGGUGGGACAGACAAUCGAUAAUGGGACGGACGAGCGCGUGAUCCUGUUUGUCAAGCUUCCGGAGGGAAUGGAUCUAUCUUUAGACAUGGAAAAGAGGAUUAGGGCGGAAGUAAGGGCAAGGAGAAGUCCGAGGCAUGUCCCCGCUAGAAUCAUUCAGAUAGACGAUAUACCAUACACACUAAACGGUAAACGUGUUGAAGUGCCCGUCAGGAAGAUUAUCAAUGGUGCGCUGGUGUCUAGUGUUAACCCCGCAACGUUGAGGAAUCCAGGGUGCUUGGCUGCAUACGCGUCUAUUGGGGCGGCUCUUCGGGAAGAAGUGAAGAGCAAGAACUGAUGAGUGUAUAUAAACCCAGACCGGCGACUUUUUUUUACUUCCACGGAAGUUGUAUUAUUGUUCAGAGUAACAUGAAAUAAAAAAACAAGUGUUCUAA